AUGGAGGAGAGUUUAAAGAGACUGAAGCAAGCGAGGAAAACAGUGACCACCAACAUGACAGGAACCACCGGAGGCCCCACGGACGACAGCAAGAUCCGCCUGCAGCUGGCCUUGGAUGUGGAGUACCUGGGAGAACAGGUAGGGUUCCCCCUGUUAGAGAACACCAACCGUAUCUUGUAGUUGUCCUUUGAAUAUGUUUUAGAAAGACAGUCUUUGUUUAACUCAAACAGUGGGAGGGAAGGAAGGCAUGUCUGGAAAAUCCCCAGAAUGAUUGUUGUGAAAUUCUAAUACCAUAUUGAUGUUUGUUUCCCAUGAUAGAUUCAGAAGAUGGGUCUGCAGCCUGCCGACAUCACCAUGUUCUCAACACUAAAUGACUUGGUCCAAGGAGCACAGGACGUGUCUCCGUCAGAGCAGGCUGGACCAUAA